UUUACGGUUGAAGAGGAAUCAAGUAGUCCUUCUCAAUAUAUUACAAAAUGAAGGUGCCCGAAAUUAUCUUAAUUUGCCUCUUAUCCACCCUGAAACUUGUCGUCACCCAAGAGAGGAAAGACCUCUCCUUCUUCAACUGGACAGACACCACCUCCCCCAUCGAUAAUUCGAGCUGGAGGUGGGCCCCACACUGUGACAUGGUGGGAAAUGACAUCAUCCCCUUCCUCAGCCCGGCGUCCUACUGCGGUCGAGAAUGCCACGCCGCCCCCACUUGCACCCAUUUUGCCUGGGCGGAUUUUAAUUCGGGGACCUGUUGGAUUAAAAAAGGUCCCCUCAAUGAAAAACCGUUCUUUAAGUUGAACAACGGCUAUUUCUGCGGGUACAUUCCGGACCGGGAUCCAAACCUGGGGGACGAUUUUUUGACCUGGAUGGAUACCCCCGUGGGCACUACUGGCGCCAAGGUGAGGUACGCACCCCACUGCGACAUGGUGGGAAAUGACGUCGCUAUUUUGAAAAUUGCCGGGGUAAACGUGGACACUUGUGCGCGGGAAUGUUUCGCCAAUAAGGUGUGCACGCACUUCGUCAUAUCCACUACCGAGGGUGGUAAAUGCUGGCUCAAAAGGGGCGAUGUGCCCACUCCCACGAGGACGGAAAGGGUAUGGGCCAUUGCACACUGUGGGUUCCUCCUUUUGCAGAGCGGGUACGGAAGACAUGAAUUUGGCGCGGGAUCCCGAACCCUGAACUGGGUUGAGGGCGGUGACCUCAAGAAUGUCAGCUAUCGAUGGGCCGAGAAUUGCGACCUGUCGGGGAACGAUAUUCGAAAUUUUCUCACGAAGAGGGAAAAUUGUGGGGGGGAGUGUGCUCAGCAUAAGGAAUGUACACAUUUUGCAUGGUCGACGUCUUUUGGGGGAACUUGUUGGAUUAAGAGGGGGUCGAUUCCGAACCACUCGAUUAGGACGGAUUCCGGGUAUAUUUGUGGUUACGUGACUUUCCGCAAGGGGGAGGAACAGGCGAGGGAAAAGGAGGGGGGUGCAAGUAGGAACAUUUGGAUAAUGUGGGUAGUUAUCGGUCUACUCGCGCUGGCGGGAGUUUUGAGCUUGACAAUUUUUGGUCUUCGUCAAAGAUCAAUUUCAAAACUACUCCGCGGGCUGGACAGGGAAGAAAUUGACGAAUUUUUCCUCGGCAGGCCAGAACUGCUUGCCAGAAACACCACCAUGACCAAUGAGACUGUCGCUUUCUUGCCGUACGACCGGGCAUACGAGGUCGACAUCGGUGAUAUAGAAUAUAAAGCAGACCCGAUCGGAAGCGGAAACUUUUCCGUCGUGUUUCUGGGUCUCAUCAAAUCCCGCCAGCAACCAGUCGCCGUGAAAUGCCCGCUCACCACCACGGACGCGGUCGAAUUCAAAGCUCUCCUUUUGGAAAUAAAAAUCAUGCUCCAUAUCGGACAGCAUGAAAACGUGGUGACCUUAAUUGGCGCUUGCACUGAAUCCAUUCAACAACGAAAAGUUUACAUUCUUCUCGAAUACGCAAAAAACGGAUGCAUGGAGUCUUACCUUAGAAAAAGACGGCCAGGUUGUGGAGAAGGAUUAAAAAGUCGCUACACAAAUAUCGACCGGAAACCGGAGGCCUUAAUUAAAGAGGGAGAUUUGAUUCGUUGGUCGUACGAAAUUGCGAAGGGGAUGGAGUUCUUGGCGUCAAAAUCUAUUGUACACGCAGACUUGGCCACGAGGAAUGUUCUUCUUGACGAUAAGUGCACCGCCAAAGUGUCAGAUUUUGGAUUGAGCAGACAACUUUACGGAAACACGAACUACAUCAAAAAGACAAAGGCCCAACUCCCCUGGCGCUGGCUAGCCCUGGAGUCCUUGACCAGGAUGGAAUUCUCCACCGAAUCGGACGUCUGGAGCUACGGGGUCACCCUCUGGGAGAUCUUCACAUUUGCGGAGUCCCCCUACCCCAACCACACUUGGGGAAAGGAGUUCAUCGACAUGCUCCAGUCCAAUGGUCGCCUGGAUAAACCCAGAGAUGCAAACACUGCAAUAUAUGGUCUAAUGAAAACUUGCUGGGAAGGUGACAAGUCGAACAGACCAAGUUUCUCGACACUUCGGGGCGCGAUGGAAAAACUUUUGCAUACUGGAUAGUCUUAAUUUGGAAAAAUCUAAUAUAAGUAAAAAUCUUAAUUCUUCGGUAAAUUAUCGAUAAUGAAGAGUCACAAAAAUGGUCAACAUAAUUUAAUUUGGAAUUUUUUAAAGUUUUAAUUUAAGUAUUUUAAAUUAAUAAGUAUUCCACCUUACAUAUUUUGAUUUAUUUAAGUUGUGCCAGAAUUAAAAAAGUGAUUUCAAGUUAA